AUGGCACCGGCAGCUUCAGCACUGGCUUCCCACUGGAUGCUGCUGAGAGCAAAGAGUGCGAUGACGCAGAGGGAGGAGGAGGAGGAGGAGGAGGACGAGGAGGAGGAGGAGGAGGAGGAGGAGGAGGACGACGACGACGACGACGACGACGACGACGACGACGACGACGACGACGACGACGACGACGACGACGACGACGACGACGACGACGACGACGACGACGACGACGACGACGACGACGACGACGACGACGACGACGACGACGACGACGACGACGACGACGACGACGAGGAAGAGGAUGGCCAGGAGAGGAGCAGGGGCCGGCCCACAGCUGCAAUGCUGGACUCCCAGGCUGCAUCUCUCAUGCACCUGGCGCUGCAUGCACAGGCUGCUAGGCAGCAGGUGGCUGCUGAAGCACCCCCUCCCAUCCAUUCCCCUGCCAUCUCCCUUGACUUGUCUGCGGAGGGGCCAGAUGGAGAGCAGAUGCUUGGCAGCAGUAGCAGGGCGUGGCUGGAACCCGCCUGGCCUCGAUUGAGAGAGCUGGAGGAGAGCGGUACAGGGGGGUCGGGGCGAAAUACAGAGAGGUGGAGGGGGGAUGGAGAUGGAGGGGAUAGUGGACGGGGAGAGAGAGGUGAUGGGGAGGAGGGCGAGAGGGGGGGGAAGGUGGGGGGAGGAGGCGCGAGGGGCUUGCAGGGUGGAGGAGGGAGAUAUGGGAUGGGUGAGGAGGAGGUGUGUGUAGUGGUCGUGCACGAUGGGAGAGGGAGGAGGGAAGGCGUGGAUGGGGGUUCGUUUGUUGAAGACCCACUUGCAGCAGCAGCAGCACCACCACGUGAUAUGAGCAUCACUAUGGCACCUCCCUCUGACGACAUCAAAAUCACAAUUCCCCCACCCGACUCCCUUUACCAAACGCCAUCACCCAUGCCGCUUCCCCACUCCUCUUCACGCCCAUCCUCCCGCUCCGCCUCGCGACCUUCCUCCCGCCGCGCCUUACGAAAUGCUGCAGUGGCAGCAGCAGCGAUGGAAGCAGGAGCCACAACCACAGAUACGUUCCCUGUGUCUGAUUCUCCGGGAAGUUAUCGUGGGCUAGGAGGGGUUGGUGGUGAUGUGCAGGGGUAUGCCAGCGAGAGUGAGUCAGGAGCAGGAGCAGGAGGAGGAGGCGGAGGGGGAGGCGGAGGAGCAGUGGGAGGAGGGGGGGGAGGAGAUGGAGCAGGGCUGUCAUCGUCUGCCUCCAUGCCUCGCACGCCUGCCACCCCGUCCUCUCCCCUCUCCUGGGCUGGAUGGCUCUGGGGCCAGCCACAACAGCAACAACCGCAGUGA